GUGGCGUAACAAACAUGUCGGACCCUAAAGAUUCUGCAGACAUUAACCUAAACCUGUAGUUGCUGCAUACAUCUAAGUGGACUGGUAGCAGAGGGAGGGCCAUGGACUCCAAUGAGUUCGUCUUGGCUGCUCUGAAUGGGCAUGUAGAUGCUGUCAUAACUAUGCUGAGGAAAGGAGUGGACGUCGAUACAAAGGCUUUGGACGGGGACACAGCUCUGCAUAAAGCGUCUAGACGAGGUCAUGACAAGGUUGUGGAGCUGCUUAUCAAGAAUGGGGCUGAUCUCAAUGUGACUAACAAGGAUGGAGACACAGCCUUGCAUACGGCGUGCAGACAAGGUUAUAACAGUGUUGUUGAACUGCUUGUUAAGAACCAAGCUGAUCUGCUUGUGGCUAAUGAGUCACACGAGCGCCCCGUUGACCUCGCUGGGGGACUGGCCAGAGGUACACGGUUAUCGCUCGAGACAGGAAUGUUGAAGCAGGCAGAGUACAUCGAGCUGGUCUCCACCGUGCGGCCUGAGGACAAGACAACAGUCAGAUUGUUUUUCCUUGGAGAUUUUCGGGUCGGCAAAACAUCUUUGCGAAAGAUUCUGGAAAUGACAGGAUUUUUCGUCGGUACUUCGUGGAACAUAAGAAGGAAGUUAAAACGACAAGACGACUUUAUCCCUUUCCCUGGGGUGCAUGUAUCUAUUAAAACUGUUCGGGGGAUCGGGAGACUGUGUCUGUAUCACUUCGUUGGAUACGCGCAGUUCUACGUCACACACGCCAUGCUGCUAGGUACGACUAACGCCAUCUUUCCUGUCGUCUACAAAAUCACAGAUGUAGAGGAGGAACAGAAACGAGAGGUCCACAGUUGGCUGAGUUUCAUCUGCUGCAGUAACGCAGAUCCCACCAACAAGCCUCGCGUAAUCCUGAUCGCGAGCCAUGCGGACAAACUACAGGACAAGAAUGCUGGUUGGCGCAGGGCCAAAGCUAUAGUGGAAUACUACAGUAAACUGUACCAGGAGUCACUGGUGGUGUCACAGGAGGUGUUUCUCAUCAACUGCUUAGAAGCGGGGUCCUCUGGGAUACAGCGGCUGCGAGAGGUUAUCUCAGCGAUCAGGCACGAAAUGCUGCAGCAAAGGCCAAAGGUUCCUAAGGUCUACGUCAAGUUAUCGGAGAUAAUUGAAGGCUGGAGAAAGGAGAGGAAAACGUUCCCAGUAAUGGAGUGGCAGGACUACCUGACAGCUGUAAGGCAGGCUACGCACAUAUAUCUGGAGGAAAGAAUUGUACAACUGGCGUCAACGUACCUUCAUGAUGAGGGGGAGAUCAUCUACCCUCUUGAUAAAACUGCCUCGUUGGUGGUGCUGGACCCCCAAUGGUUGUUCACGUGGGUUUUUGGAAUCCUGCUGGCCCCUACGAUGUUCCCUAUCGUUUCGCUCAACCCAGCUGCCCGGGACUGCGUCACCCUUGACAAGAUCACCCGUGCCUUCGGUCACGUUGCCGACAUCUCCCUGCUGAUCAAACUCCUCCAGGUCUUCCAGCUCUGCUACACGUUCGACGGUCACACUUUCAUCUUGCCCAGCCAGCAGCAGAAGAUGGAUGAGGGAGAGUGGUCUCCCGUCUCUAGCAAGGCUGUCUACUUCGGUCUGCAGAUCCGAUGUCGUAGGGAGAUCGACAGCUUCUCGUGCGAUCUGUUCCCCCGGCUGCAGACGCUGCUGAUGCAUGCGAACCCACACACGCUCACCAAACCUCUGCUGUGGAAGAACAGCGCCAAAUGUAUCUACGUGAAGGCCGAUGCACUGUUGCAGAUCUCGCAAGACAAGAGGCGGCUCAACAUCUUGGUCAGGAGCGCCGGUGGUAACAGGGAGGACUGGAACUCCAUCAUGGACCUCCUGACGGACAUGACGUACUACCUGCUACACGAGAUUAGCCCAGAACUCAGGACACAAGAAAUGGUGCUGAGCGCCCUGGACCUCCGGGAACACAAUCCACAGCCUCAUGCUUACAGCAGGAAAGAGGUGGAGAAAGAAGCUGCUAACGGAGAGUAUGUCGUCCAUCCUCAGAGGAAAGUCCCAGAAAAGGUCACGGACAUUAUGCUUCAUGUUAAAACCCAACAAAGUAAGUUAACGUACAUAGUUUCGUACUUCUACUGCAAUAGAAAAGUGGCAAUGGCUUAA